CUGGAAACCUCCAAAAUAGUUUUGGGGAAAGAACAUCCAAACACUUUGACCAGAAUCCAAAAUCUAGCAGUCACAUUGAGGGAAAUGGGCAAGCUCAAUGAGACAUUGUCCCUUCAGCAACCUCUGUAUGAAACAUCCAAAAGAGUUUUGGGGAAAGAACAUCCGAACACUUUAAUGAGGAUCCAAAAUCUAGCAGAAAUAUUUAGGCACUUGGGCAGGUUUAAUGAGGCAUUGGCCCUUGAGCAACCACUGCUUGAAACAUCCAAAAGAGUUUUAGGGGAAGAACAUCCAAACACUUUAGCCAAGAUCCAAAAUCUAGCAGUCAUAUUUUGGGAGAUGGGCAGGUUUGAUGAGACAUUGUCCCUUGAGCAAUCUCUGCUUCAAACCUCCAAAAGAGUUUUGGGGGAAGAACAUCCAAGCACUAUGACCACGAUCCAGAACCUAGCAGUCACAUUGAUUGAGAUGAGUAGAUUCAAUGAGGCAUUGUCCCUUCAGCAGCCUCUACUUGAGAAAUCCAAAAGUGUUCUAGGGGAAGAACAUCCAAACACUUUGUCCAGGAUCCAGAACUUAGCCGAGUUAUUUAAAAGGAUGGGCAGGUUGAAUGAGGCAUUAUCUCUUGAACAACCUCUGCUUGAAACCUCCCGCAGAGUGUUGGGUCAGGAGCAUCCACACACU